AUGGAAGAGGUUAUAAUUGAAAAGUUUUCUCAAAAUGUUCCUAGAGCCGAGGCAGCAAAAACGGUUAUAGUAUACUUCGAACUUUUAGAUGGUAAAAAAUUUUACGAUGUCGACAUUAUUUUUAACGAAAACCUCCAAAAAUUGAUCGUAAUUGGAAGGAAAUGUAAGAAUUCACCGAUGUGCGCGUUUAUUCCCAUUUCUGUUUAUGAAUAUUUAGACUUUUCCUUUUUGGAAAAGAUAACCAAUGCCCAUUCAUAUCCUUUAACAUGCGUUGUAAUCGUAAGCAGAGACUCUACAACAGUUUAUUAUCAAUUAGAAAACGGAUUAGUAGAACCAGACGUUUCAUCCACAAGAAAUUCUAAGUUGGACCGAAGGACUCAAUUGGAUAAGAAUUUGGAAAGAUAUCAGUCGUUAAUUGAAGAUGCGGCUAUGUUGCAGCAGAAAGUACAAAUUCCACCAAACUGUGAAACUGCUAAUGAUAAUCAUUCAGAAUUUCCAAGGCAAUUUACAGAUUCUUCGGAUGACAAAAUGGCCAAUACAAAUAAAAUUCUGUGA